AUGCAGCGUGCGGCGAGAACAACAGCGGCGGCAGUGGUGGUGGGUCGACAGCGUGGUGCUGUGGUGGCACGGCACAUGUUCUCGCUACAUGUCCACACCUCCUCGCAGCAGAGCAACGGCGGCGGACAAAUGGCCACCACAACGUGCUUGGGAUGUGCGCACCUGCGUGGGGCCUCUCUAUCGUGGCAGGUUCGGCGCGGGCUGGCAUCGCAGCGACCCCUGCACCAGCAACUUGCAACCUCACAGCGUGGGCUUGGGCCGCGUGCAAGCCUGACUUCUUCAACGCGGGCAUCAUCGCAGCUGCAGCAGCAGCUCGAUCGCACCCUUUUGCACGCUUCUUCCGUCACUGCGCCACUUUCAGCGCAGCGUGAACAGUGCCACGAGCAGCAAGAGACUGGCGAUGCAAGACACCAUGCUGAUCAACGUCGCGGGACAGCUCCAUCCCCUGCACCGUUGACAACGGCAUCGGACAUGUCACGCAGGCAACUGAAGCGCGUUCGCAAGCAAUUGAAACAACACGUAGAAUCUGGGCAGUACGAUCGUGUUGUGGCAUUUGUGCGCGCCCUGGUGCGCUCCCUACUUGAAGGCGCUGGCCGUGGCGGGCACGCCCAAAACACAGCCACUGGCACAGCCGCCGACGCAGCCGCGCGCACAGGUGGCGGCAGCAACCAUGGUACCGUCAAUCGUGCUGACAGCUCCCAUACUCCACGCCACCGGGUAGCACACAGCACAGAACAACAGAGGCAGCCGCGACAGCCGCGACAGCGAACCCUUGAUGGCCCCUCGAUGUGCAUGGUGGUUGAGGCGAUGACAGCGGCGCUAGAUGUGCGGGAAGUGCUGGAACUGACAACGCAGCUGCGUGCAACCAACCACGCCUUCCCGCGCCAGGCGCCAGCGGUAUUUAUUGAACAGCUGAUGCGCAAGCACUUUGCUCGCACUCCCCACGCCCACAACGACAAUGUCUCGGAUGACUACGACGAUGAUGGUGCUACAAGCCGGGAUGGUCGUGACGACCAGACGAUGCCCACGUCGCAACCUCCACACUCCCCAGACGGUGCCACAAACACCUUUUUCAGCCAUCAGCACGAUCAACAACAACAACAACAACAACAACAACAACAACAACAACAACAACAACAACAACAACAACAACAACAACAACAACAACAACAACAACACCAACAACAACACCAACAACAACAACAGCAGCAGCAGCAGCAGCAGCAGCAGCAGCAACAACACACAAGCGACUCACACCCGAGACCGCCAUCGCCUCCUCCAUCCCCGUCAUCAGCUGCACCACAGCGCUGGACAAGGCACCCAAUAACAGCAACAGCAGCAGCAGCACCUGCAAUGCGGGGGCGCGAUGCCGUGUCGCUGUUCCUCGAGUUCCGCCGCUUGACCGGCACCACGCUGAGCGCAGCGUUGGUUGAUGAGGUUGGCCGGCGCCUGAGGCACGUAGUGCCGCCGGGUGUGCUGCGAGACGUGCUGCACGGCUUGGCCUGGGAACUGGCGAGGCGCGGGCUGCACAUGCCGCCCCGGGCGUGGCACACGUACGUGGUCGCUGUGCGGCGGGCCGGCGACGUGGGCGACGUGGGCGACGUGCUUGACCUAGCAGAGCAGACGCGCGUGCGGCUGAACCGGCACCAGUACGCGCUGCUGCUGCAGUUGGCGAGCGGGUGCCGGCGAGAAGAGCUGGUGGAGCACGUCUUCCAGCACAUGUGCGACAACGGGGUUGAGCCUGCGGUGUGGGCGUGGUCGGAGCGCAUGCGCUGCUUUGCACUCAGGGGCGAUGUGGCCAAAGUGGAGGGCAUGAUCCAGGAGAUGAAGCGGCUGCGGCUGGUGCUGCUGCCGGCUGUGUUCCACCGCUUCUUGGAGGCGCACGUGCACGCCGGCGACUUGUCUGGUGCGGAGCAGGUGUACAACAUCUUCGUGCGCACGGGCCACAAGGUGCACCCUGCGCUGCUGCUGCCGCUGCUGCGGGCGUACUUGGAGGAGCACCGGCCCGACGCCGCGCUGAGCGUGCUUGUUCGCAUGCGCACGCAUGCCCUCCACGUGCGCAGCAGCGACAUUGACGCCAUCAUUGACAUGUACACCGCCAACCGUGACGUUGCCGGCCUCCUCAAGGCCCGCGCUUUUCGUGACGCCAUCAACAAGGCAUAG